AUGGUCAGUGACUUCAAGAGGAAUGACGUAAUAUACCACUGGCUAUCAGAAGUUGUCCCGCGAAAUGUCCACCUUCCCCCCAACUCUCUCGCUCACAACUCUGCUUUUAUACAGCGAGAAGAUUCAUCCAAUACGAAACAGAACAACGGUCUGCAAGCUGCAAGCAACAAGGGGAGGGAGGGUGGUUGCGACAGAGGACGAAUCGCCGAAAGCAACCAAGCUCCCCAGAUAGAACGUGAGAAAUAUUUCACAAUUUCGGAGCUUCUAGCCUUUAUAGCAACGAUGAAUGCAGAUAAAGAGGCUCGAAAGAACGCUGCUACUAUGCAAAACUUGAACAAAAUUACACGAGAGUCCCAGCAGCAGAUGCCUUGCGCACACCCACGUGUUCCCAGCGAUGCACUCAAAGACGCAACCUUGCCUCCCCCAAAGGAAUUCAGUGUGGCACCUGCUGCAGGGAAUCUGCUUCCGUUUACAACUGGAGAUAAUGUUAUAGAUCCUUAUGUGUCCGUUGCAGAAAGUGUCCGUCCUAAGAGUACCACUGCUCAAUCUCCUGUUACUGUAUCACAUCUUGAUACAACAGUGGCAAAUCACGAUUCAAGAAAUUUUAACCCGCCAGUGCCUAAUGAGAUGCUUAGAAGUGCCUAUGAUCGUCGUCCGAGGCACAAGACUCGGCUCGACAAAUAUGAACUCAAGGGUAUAGUCCCCUCAGCGAUGCCAUCAGAUUCAACGGGGGUGGCCGGCACGUCAUCGGCAUUGAAGAGAGGGAAAAAGAGAAACGGAAUUAGCACCAAGAAUACUCCCAACGACGCAAGCGCUCUGUUGACUUCACCAUACUCUACAGGGGUAAUCAAGAAACCAGAAGUCCGUAAAGGGGGGAAGAGGAAAGACAAUAGCCUUGUGAAUAAUUUCAAGGCGCCAAAUGUUGCUCAAGAACGUCUUAGUCUACCGAUUAACCCAAGUGUGGGAUUCCUUAACAAAGCUCGAGUCGGACGGGGUGUGCCUGACCUCAGCUUUUCAGGGAUGGGCUUUCUGUCAAAUAGCACUAAGCGCCCGAGUGAGUCAGAGCCAAACGAACAAACCUGUGCAAAGAGGGCACGGGAAGGUAACGACUCUGGGGAGACCAUAUCUCAAUAUUUCUCACGCCACCCAGAGGUACAACCUUUGCCCAACCUCCCUGCAGUUGAAGAUUGUUCCCAGAGAGCCCCACAGCCGCUCAGCACCUUUCUCUCAAAUCCUAAACUUAAUUCAAAUCAGUCAAGAGGCACCGAACCGGUGCCCCCAGACCAAAACAUACAUUCAUUCGUCUCCAACAUACCUGCAAAUUCUUUCCGUGAUGCUAGUGUGAACCCAGCGGAAUCUACCUCGAAUCCUUUGAGGAGACAAAUCAAUCGACCAACAACUUGGCUAUCUCAAGCUGAAUUUCGUGCCCCUGGUAGCAGCCAUGAAACAGGGCCUGCGUGGGACCCUACCAAUAUUGCAAUUCUCGAUCACUAUGGACGGGUUCUACAACAUACGGCGAAGUUGUUAAGUCACAAAAACAGGUUGCAGAUUAACGCUGAAGUGGACAAAGAGUACCCAAUGUCUAAGUUGGUCUCUCAAACUCCAAUCAAGAGGGGGGCGCGAGGGGAAGAAGCGGUCAUCAAAGAGCAGAAUCGCUUUUUAUCUCAAUUCUGCUCCGUAUUUGAGUCCGACUACACAGCCUCCAGCGACAUUGCCGAAGAGUGUGAUGAUUUAAAUGCUGCAAAUGGUGCCGCCUCUAAAGAUGAACUUAACAUUCCAGCUCCAGCGCCCUUUUCCUGGGAGAGUACUCAUUUGCCUGCCGCACCUGAUGAUAUUCAACGAUCGCCAUCUCCUGGAGAGAGAAGUAGGAUUCCAAAAGAAAAGCAACGUGCCGUUUCAAGUUCGAAUUCCAAUCACCAAGUUGCCACUCAUCCUGCGUCGAAUACCAACACACAUCAGCUUAUUAUGCACGGCCGCCAUAGCCCCUCUGAGUCGUUUCCCUCAUCAGUCUCUCGUUCCAACAACACUGGUCAGCAUUCAUCUAGAGUCAAGCCAAAUAGUAAUGCACACGAACCUGAACAAAAUAGAGCGUCGAGAACCAUUCAGAUAUCAGCGCUGACUUCUUCUAAGUCGAACCACCAACUAAUUAGACGAAAUCUGGAAAAUCCUAUCCAAUACGAGAGAGAACCAGAUAUGGGGAAUGGAAUUCCUGUGGUACACCAGACAACUGUCCGUGGGCAUAAUAAUGCGCGGGAUUUUAAUGAUUGUAAUUUUGAAGCCAAUGGAGCGACUCAUGUUGAACAAAACUCUUGGAAUCCCACAUGCCCUCAGUUGUGGAGUACGCGAGGACCCUCUCCGAUACACCAUUCGAAUGCACAAGGACAGACGGAUUGCAUUCCGUACGGUUCGACGAGACUGGACGAACGGCAAACAGGUUCCAUUAUCAAUCGUGAACCUGGGUACAAUUCCAUAAGAGUGAUUAAUCCCAUCCAAAACAAAAUCCAUCUUUCAUCACACUCGGCUCAGCUGCUCUAUUCCAAAGGGCAGGAUACUUGUAAAAGAGAAUUUACAGCGAAUGGAAGCAGCCCAUCACACAGUAUUACGAGGAACAUUGAAUGGCCGUUUUACGCUCAUGCUAACGGUGAAAGUCAUCCAGAAACGCCGACGUCAAGCAUACGAAGUGGGCGCUCAAAUAACCAGAAUUUCGACGCAGAUUGGGUAUCUGAAAACCGUCCGGCAAGAUUCGUUGGACACCAUCCUCCAUUAGACCAAUUUUGUAACAAUCAAAAUGGUCAUCAAAACUCCAACUCCCUACAAGCUACACCUAGAUCGGCCAUUACCAUCCUUUCAAAUUCUCCUUGGCGCCAUCACCACAUCACGACUUGGACACCCUCUCACACAACUUAUCCCUCGCAAAUUGUUCCAGACCUGCACUCCAAUUUUACUCAUCCGGGCUUAUUUCCACGGGUAAACGAAGUUAUGUCGCCUCCACCGAACUUUCUCACUCUCCCAUUCUCUCACCCAAAUAGACUAUAUUGA